AUGUGUCCCGACCGCGGUGAUGCCAUCGGUAUUCGAAACCGCAUCAAUCUACACGAGGAUGUAUCCUUGAUCAGGUUUUACGCCGUAGACGAGGGUAACGCCCUCCACGUCGGCGAAGGUCUGGCCGUCGCCUACAAAGGCAAUUUGAAUGGCAUCAUCUUCGGAAGAAUCGGGCUCGGCACCAUAACGCCACAGGGCAGAGGGCUCUUCGCCGAGGAAGAUCCAGCCAUUCUCCUCGUCCGUUACACAUCCCUCAACCUGGCCGCCUGA